UUUGUUGUCAAACUCAAAGAACAAGCACGCUCCACGCAUAGCCCCAAACUCUCACGAUGAGAAACAGUUGCAGAGAAAAAAGACGCACAGUGAAGAAGAAGGAGGAGAAGACAGCGCCAUAUCUGCCACUUGAAUUGAUAAUUCAAAUCCUUUUAUGGUUACCGGUGAAGUCUCUUCUACGUUUCAAGUGCGUUUGUAAGUCUUGGUUUUCUCUUAUCUCCGAUACUCAUUUUGCAAAUUCUCAUUUUCAAAUUACCGCAAAACACUCUCGUAGAGUUUUGUUCAUGUUAAAUCAUGUUCCGACUACACUAUCUUUAGAUUUUGAAGCAUUGCAUUGUGAUAAUGCUGUUUCUGAAAUUCCCAACCCGAUCCCUAAUUUUGUGGAACCCCCAUGUGAUUCACUUGAUACGAAUUCAAGUUCGUGUAGAGGAUUUAUAUUUCUGCACAAUGAUCCAGACCUAUUCAUAUGGAAUCCAUCAACUAGAGUUUACAAACAAAUACCUUUGUCUCCUAAUGAUUCAAAUAGUUUCCAUUGUCUAUAUGGAUUUGGGUAUGAUCAAUUAAGAGAUGAUUACUUGGUAGUUUCUGUAACAUGCCAAGAAUUAAUGGACUAUCCGUGUUUGAGGUUUUUUUCAUUGAGAGAUAAUACUUGGAAAGAACUUGAGGCUGCUCACUCCCCGUAUGUUCUUUAUGCUUCUGAUAACAUAGUAGGGUCACUCUUUAAUGGAGCUAUUCAUUGGCUGGUUGUUCGUGGUGAUAUAAAGAGGCAAGUUAUAAUUGCAUUUGAUUUAAUGGAUCGGAAACUUUUAGAGAUGCCUUUUCCUGAUGGUUUUCACCAUACAACUGAUAAUUGUAAUUUGUGGGUAUUUGGAGAAUUUCUCAGUUUAUGGGCUGUUGAUUGGGCUAAUGAAAGAGUUGAAAUAUGGGUGAUGAACGAAUACAAAGUGCAUUCUUCUUGGACUAAAACUCUUGUCCUUCCUAUUGAUGGCAUUUAUACUCUUUCCUUUUACCCAAUAUGCUCUACAAAAAAUGGUGACAUUGUUGGAACAGACGGUGAUAUCAAAUUACUAAAGUAUAAUGACAGAGGACAGCUUCUAGAGCAUGGAUCAUUCUGGGACGGUCCACUUCCAUUUGGAUCCCAAGUGACCGUGUAUACAGAGUCUUUGCUUUCACUCCCUGGUGACAAUGUGCAAGCCUAAGAAGACAUCACAAACAAGAAGAAUGAGUUGCAGUGAAUUGCACAGCCAUAAAGCAACUUCAGAGAACGAGAUUGAAGACCUUCAGACAUCUUGUGGUGUUACAUAUUUACUGAAAUGAACUUCAACAGUCCUGCGCAGAAUGCUUAGAACUAGUUUUCAUCCAUUUGCAACAUUGAUUUUCCUAUUUUAGUUUAUCAAGAUUCUUCUAUAUUUAUAUAUAUUUUUUCAAGUAGAAUGUAUGUUUCUUAAUGGGAAGGUAAAGAUUAGAUGAAGUUCGAGAACUUGGAGUAAGACGAGAGAACAUGUUAACUUAUAAUGAUAUCUUGAUUAGUAACUUGUGUUGUUGUUAAUAGAUCA